CAUUCAACUUGUCAAUGGACGAGGAGCCAUGAUGGGGAACAUGUAUGCACCUCCAAGCUGGGAGAUACGUCAUAAGUACAAGUACAAGGAUGACAGCGAUGAAGACAAAGACAGUUCCGGCGGAGAGGCCGCAGCCUUCACCUACCCAGCCGGACUAGGACCAGUUCUGAUGAACGGCUGCUUCGGGACAGGCUAUAAGAAUGGAGACCCCUGCUACAAGGCCAAGAUACCACGGACAGGAUGUCCGAACCUGAUUGACGGUGCAACCUACCUCGGCGUCGGUUUCGACGGAAGGGGUGUGUACUCGGCUGAAUCAAGGAAGAAAAGUGUCAUCCAGAGAUCAUGCCAAAAUCUGCAGACAUACGGUAAAAACGAAGUGCCUGACUCUAUGACCGUGCAAGGCAUAUACGACACAGAUGUAGAAUCCUACACCUUCAGCUCAACGGAAGAAUACAGACAGUACCUUGCGGAGAAAUCGGCCGUGACCUCUGCCAGGGCUAUGUUCCAGGAAGAGGUCAACAAGGCUUCUGGAUACGCAGGAGGUGGUGGACCGUUUGGACUCAUUGCCUCGGGAGGGAGAGGAUACUCCAGUCAGAGUGGCACGUCCAGCCAAUUAUCAAGCUUCAGUGCCAGCUCUUCUGCCAGCGGUCAGCUUAGUGAGAAGCAGACACAAACAUUCAUGGCCAUGCUGGAGAUAAACAUUUUCAGGUAUGAGAUCUUCAUGGACGACGUGACACCGGGACAGUUAAACGUGGGCUUCCUACGAGACUUCAUUUCGCUACCAGAGUCCUACUUCUCUUCCGGGGCAGAACUUAUAUUUCAAAAUUUCUACCUCCGCUGGGGAACACAUUACAUCAAGUCAGCCAAAUUUGGAGGCCAACUGAAGAUCAUUAAAACAAAACAAGCUACACAGGACCUGUCGAUGUCUGAAUUCGCCACUAGAGCCGAGGCGGACUGGAAGAUGACCCUCAGCACCUUCUCAGCGCAGGCGUCACAGACCAAGUCCAGUAGCUGGUUUCACGAUCAAGAUUCAAAGACUGAAUCAAAACAGUCUUCUGGACAGGCCGCCUCUGGUUCCGAAUCACAGGCCAACAGACAGGAAGAGACGCAAGCAUCGGCCCAGGAGUACAGUAACGAGGUACUGGUGGUUCAAGGCGGAGAUCAGCAGAUCGCCGCUGCCAUCACGGAGAUGUACACGACAGCCCUAACAACAGAGCUGAAGGACUGGUUAGAGUCCAUUGACGACUACCCCAAACCCUUCUCCUUCGUGUUGAGGCUGGUUUCAGAUCUACUGAACAUCCCCUUCGACUCGCUCUUCCCUGCAGGAGAGAAAGAUUACGGGUGUUUAGGUAGCAAGAACCUAAAAAUAGAAAAGAAAACAGGCCGGAAGUACUACAUACAAGAGACAGCAGAACCUGCUGAUGGCGACAAGGGGACUAAGAAUGGAACUGAAACGGUAGCUGUCAGUGAGAUCCGUUAUUGCAAUUUUGAAAAUCGUAAAACCCUCGAGGACAGCAUGACCAAGAGGAGAAUGGCGCUUCAACGUGCUGUUACAGUGUACCUGGAAGAGGGCCGUCUCCUGAGUUCAGACUUCCUCCUGCCAGCUGGAGAGGCAGGCUGUGAAACCGCCAUGUUGGCGUUCCUCCAGGGAGACAACACCGGCGUGCCCACAUGGGAAGACAUGAUCGGAGGGAAGGAGUUCACGGUCGUCUUUGACAUGCCCUACGACAUUUUAGGGAUUCUUCAGGCUCAAGACGUGGUGACACUCAAGUUCUUUCGUUACAAAUGGUUUUCGUCAAGAAAAGGGUUUGUUCCGCAUCUGUAUGAUGGCUACAAAAACGGGAAAAGCAACGACGUCAAGGAGAAAAAGGUCAGCGUUCAGGGUCUUGUCAUGACGUAUAAUGAGGGAACAGGUGUCUUCACGGUGAAAGAUGACGACUUUAAGGAAUCAGCCUUACUUCUUAAAGACUUACCAGACUGGGUCAACGGUCGUGACGUCGCCAGAGCAGAGUACAAAAAAUUACUCAACCAUUUGAGCGAGAAAAUUGACACAGUUGGAGACGUGCCGUGUUCCAUCCAUUGGUCCAACGCACAUCGCUUUGAUCCGACCGAUGGAGGAAAGUGCAUCCACUUCACUGCAGCAUCAGAGGGCGACAUCUUUGUCGUGUUUGCCAGCAUCCCGCAGAACCAUGAGACCUGGAUAUACAUACAGAUCUCACCUGAGGGAGUUGCAUUAUAUAAGGCAAUGCGGCUACAAACCACCCAGCUGAAUGACAACGCCGGCGGUCUGGGUUCGGCAACCCUGUACCAGUCGUACUUUGUCUGUGUGACUGAAGAUGUGGACAAGAAGACAACGGCCGUUCAAUACGGCAAGACGCCUGACAAUGAGGAGCGUCCCCACGUCUGGUUGAGUUUUAAGUUCAACGAGUUGGCGUCCCUUCGCUACUAUUCCUUCGGCAGUGGGGAGUCUCCUGUAAAGGUCAUGGGGCUGUCACUGCUGGACAGGCCGGCCAAGGACUUCAUCAUCUGCCGGGAAGGGACGGAGAUGGUUGACGGGGUCUGUCAACAGAAAUGCCACCAUGAGUGUGAAGGUUGUCGCACAAGUGGAUCCGACUCCCCAACUGACUGCAUCGCCUGUAAACAUAUGAAGAUGUCCUACCCCUACAGACCGAGAGAGGAGCAGGUUGGCGCUUUCGAAUGUGUCGCUGAGUGUCCGCAGCACAUGGAGUCUGACACUGCUACAAAAUCUUGUACAUGCAUUAAGAAAAUGGAAAAACCCCGUUCCGACGGUACUGUGGACUGUGUGACGGAUUGCCCUCUUACCCACUUUGACGAUAACAACGUGUGCAAACAGUGCAGCAGCUUUUGUAAGGACGUUAGUAACAAAGGGAAAAGAAUUUGUUCCGGACCUGCUUCAAGAGACUGUGACACCUGCAAGUAUCUACAUAAGGGACGCUGUGUGAAAGGAUGCAGACCUGGACAGAAAGCAGUCAAAGGGAAUGACAAUGCCUUUACCUGCCGUCAAUGUGAGCCCGGCCAUGCGUGUAGGCUGGGGGACGAGCGGGAAGACAUCUGUCCAGCGGGAACGUUCAGUAAUGACGACCGAUCCAUGUGCGUGCCGUGUGCGGUUGGCGAGUUCAGCAGCACUCCGGGAGCGACGUCCUGUCAGAAGUGUGCCGCGGGAACGUUCAGCAGUGAACCAGGGUAUAGGCGCUGUGUCACCUGCCCUCCCGGAACAAGCAGCUUACCAGGGUCGUCUUCUUGCAAAGAAUGUGACCGUGACUGCGCCCACACGUGCACAAGCUUAGAACCGGGGGCAGCGUGUACCUGCCUAAGCGGCUACCAGAUGGAAGAUGGCGGAUACCAUUGCAAAGAUAUCGAUGAGUGUGCUGACGACAGCACAAACGAGUGUGACUACGGCUGCGUCAAUGAAGAGGGUUCAUUCUACUGUACCUGUCCGGAGGGCUACCAGAUAGAUCAACUGGAUAGGAAGACAUGUAGACCAAUCAACUGUACCGGGUUAUUCCAUCCUACACACGGCAGGGUGACUGCUGUGGGCAGUAACACGGACUGUACUACCCGGGACGUGGUGAGGGGGACCAGGUGCCGGUACACCUGCACGGACGGGUAUGAACCAGUAGAUCCCGACUACCGUGGGGUCGUGGGAGGGGACAUCGUCAGGGAAUGUAGGACCACCGGGUCAUGGUCAGAGGAACGGAUAGAAUGCUCACCGAUGGAAUGCCCACUGCUGACGUUGCCAGACCAUGGCCUGGUCCAUCCCCGCAGCUGCCGGGAGCAGGCACAGUUUGGGCAGCAGUGCACCGUGUCCUGUGGGACAAACUACCGGCUGAGGGGAGAGGCAGUCACCACCUGUACCAAUGUCGGCUCCACUGGUAAUAUUAUCAUAGACUGGAGCAACAAGGAAUGGACUUGUGUCCAAGACUUUUCAGAACCAUACGUCACCUGUCCUCGUGACGUCAACACUGAGCUUGGGCCAGGGGAGAGUCACGUGGUUGUUAACCUGACGUCACCGCAGUCCAACUACGAGACCACCAUAGACGGCGACUAUGUCCUCGGUAAAAACACCUUUACCAUCGGGGAGACCAAUGUGGUCUUUACCGCUCACGGGCACAACGGCGAGACGGCUUCAUGCACUUUGAGGGUCCGCGUUUAUGACAGUGAGCGGCCUACUGUCAAGUUCUGCCCCGCGUCUCAAGUCAUAGAAACUGCGAGUAGUGAUCCAGUCAGCGUUACAUGGGACGACCCGCAGUUUGUAGACAACGUUGGGAUAAAAAGUACCACACACGACGUGAAACCAAACAAGCCUUUCACAUGGGGAUUCUACUACGUUAAAUACACCGCUGAGGACGAGCAUGGUAAUUUUGCUGAGUGUACCUUCACUAUCCACGUCAAGAAAAAGGAGUGCGAAGAGCUUGUGCCUCCGAAGAACGGCGAUCUCAGCUGCGAUAAUUGGGCUCAUGGAAAGUUUUGCCAGCUAAGCUGUGACUCGGGCUUUCAACCGUUCGAAGAAGAUGCUGCCGAUGUGUAUACAUAUGCGUGCGGCCAGGACGGCGAAUGGAAACCGACAUCGAAGGUCCCAGACUGUGUCGAGGUUUCUGAACAAGUUACAAGAGGCCGCGGAAAGUCGUGUAGACCAGGUGCUGUGACAAAGCAGAGGCGGAGCAAAACAGUAUGUGUGAGCUGCCCAUCGGGUACAUUUUGGAAAGAUACCACCGGAGGGCCUAAGUGUGUGGACUGUCCAGUAGGUACUUACCAAACCGAGACGGGCCAGACAGUUUGUAACGACUGUCCAAAUAAAACCAACACUACCGAAGCCGGAGGCAAGAGAGAGGAAGACUGUCAUGACUUGUGUCCUCCAGGUACUUUCUCGGACACUGGACUCGGGCCGGACUGCAUGCCAUGCCGACGAGGCUUCUACCAACCGCUCGCUGGUCAAACCUCGUGCCUCUGGUGCCCGAAGAACACAAACACCACCCGCAAGGGAACUGUCUCCGAGGACGAUUGUGUCGGAGACGAAGAGUAGAAGAAUUAUGAUUCCAGACAACACGAAAAAAGAUACCUGCAAUAAAGACGAAAUAACUGACAAAACUCACAAAUAUACAUGUAUAACAUCUGUUAAAAAACGCACUUAUGUUACAGUACUAGAACACCACCGUGUUUAAUAAUAGCUGUUCCUCUAUUAUAGCUAGUGACCCAGGAAUUAACAAAAUAGAAAAUGCAGAAUUGUCGAAGAAAUAAAGAACAAGAACAAAUA